AUGAAUUGCACACAGCAUCUGCUGCGCAGCCUACGGGCGACCCGCGGCAGCAUCACCACCAGAUCCGCUCCCCAAUGCGCCCGGACAACGGCAGCAGCUCGCAUCUUCCCGCCCCGAGCUGUCCAGAGCAGACGCAUAUCCUCGACCGUCUCCCGAUCCAACAAGCAGCCGGCUGCGGAUGAUCCGAACUUUGUGUCCAUUGUCGAUCUGCAGCCGCAGACGGUUCGCGCGGGCAAGCGACAUGGCCCGGGCAUCCUCCUCCUCGCUCUCAUCCCCAUAACUGCCUUCUUCCUCGGCACAUGGCAAGUCCAGCGCCUCGACUGGAAAACAAGACUCAUCGCAAAAUUCGAAGACCGUCUCAUCCGCGAACCCCUCCCGCUGCCGCCUCACAUUGACCCCUCCGUCGUCGGCGAGUUCGACUACCGCCGAGUCCUCGCCACGGGCCGCUUCCGUCACGACCAGGAGAUGCUCGUCGGCCCCCGGAUGCGCGACGGCCAGGACGGCUUCAUGGUCAUCACCCCGCUGGAACGCAAGGACGGCUCCACGAUCCUCGUCAACCGCGGCUGGAUCAGCAAGAAGCACCGCAACCAGAGGACGAGGCCCGACAGCCUAGUCCAGGGCACCGUCACGGUCGAGGGGCUGCUGCGCGAGCCGUGGAAGAAGAACAUGUUUACGCCCGAGAACAGGCCCGACAAGGGCGAAUUUUACUUUCCCGACGUCCACCAGAUGGCCAGUCUAACUGGCAGUCAACCGGUAUGGAUAGAGGUUACCAUGGAACCCGAGUAUAUGCGCAUGGUAGACUAUGAGGCUCGCGGAAUCCCCUUUGGACGACCCGCAGAGGUCAACCUGAGGAAUAACCACGCUCAGUACAUCUUUACAUGGUACGGUCUGAGCAUUGCCACGUCAAUCAUGCUUUACAUGGUGCUCAAGAAACCGCCGUCCAAUAUUGCUCGCCGGGUUCGGGCUGGCGGCAUGUAA